GCGUCGCUUAUCUAUCCGCUUUUACAGCGACAAUGGAUUUAACCCGCUAUCGCUAGCAGACCAUUAUGCAGGUCUGAACGUCAGUUGGUUGCGUCUACCUCUUCUAAUACACCGCCGCUGUUGCGCAUUUGUGACAGAAAUCGUUCCGAUAAAUGCUGCGAUUCGAGAAGUCAAAGUGCCUGUGAGAAAAUAUUGUAUCAGAGAGAGUUUAGUAAACAUGAAUGUGAAAUUGGAAUUCAAUACAAUAUAGUAUUCUAUCGUUUCAGAUGUGAAAUAUAAGCGUAAGAUGAGCAUCACAUUAAAUGUACGUGAUUUUUAUGGAAAUAUUUAUUUAUGUAUUUGUGUGUAGGGUUCAGCGACUAAUAGCGUUUGACUUAUAUGUACAUGCACGCGAAAACAUGUUUAUUUGUAAAUCUUCGUAUGUUGAGCGACUUCUAUACAUUAACUAAAUUUUGGUGUAUUUGAAAAUAUAAAAACAAACAAAAACAAACUGGCAACUAGUUAACUUCAUCAGUGCUUCAAUUCUCAAAGUGGUUCUGAUCUUUGUUGGAUUUACAUAAGAUAAGAAGGCGGUUUCCAAUAUAGCGAGAACGCAAUAAAAAAACGUGUUUGAUAUCCCAAUGUCAGUGGAGGGUAACCUGGACAGGGUUGGUCAUCGCAGUCCGAGGGCGAGGCCGGACACGCCCCCACGCCACGCCCACUCGAGCGGCAAGGAGGUCAACAUACUGGUGCUGGGUCAUCGAGGAGUAGGCAAGACAGCCCUAACUGUUCGAUACCUGACCAAACGAUUCAUCGGUGAUUAUAAUUCUGAAACAGAGAUGCUGUACAGCCACUCGACAUGCAUAGACGGUAAACAUCUGACCCUGCAUAUCCUAGACACACUCGGACAGACGGCAACAGACGACAUAAGUCCAAACCAAGUCCUAUGGGCAGACUGCGCCAUCAUAGUAUUUGCGAUCACAAUGGCCUCGAGCUUCCAAAUUGCGAGAACAUUGGUGGAACGCGUGCACACUAUGAGUACCAACCGGUCAAUUCCUGUAGCAUUAGUGGCCAACAAGUCGGACAUGAUUGAGAGAAAAACUGUGUCUGAUACUGAGAUCAGUAGACUUUGUGCCGAGUAUAAUUUGCUUUUCUUUGAAACAUCGGCGAGUGAAGGUCGGACCAGCAUGAAUCAAGUGUUUGUAACGUUAGCGCAGCAAGUGCGACAUAUAGUGAAGAAGAAAGAAGGACUGACUCGCUUUAUGCACAACCCAGCAGUGGCAGCCAAGUUACAGAUCCAACAGUCAUUCCGAAACCUCGCCCAGCGAGCAUGGAGAACUCGAACUUCUACCUUGUAAUUGAUGUGACAAUGUUAUGUUAACAUCGAGAUCUUGCAGCCGUCAGCCAUUUGCCUAAAUACAUUACUAUAUAAAUGAAUUCAAAUAAUUUGAUGUCUGAAUAAAAAAAGUUUCCGGUAAUCUUUGAUACUCAUUUGGUAAACAACACGCGAUUUACCUGUAUAUUUCAUUGGGCAUAUGGAUAUGAAUUGUAUUUUCGCUCGAAGAAAUGUUCUCAUAUAUUGCAUAAAUGCAAACGUAUGUAUCUAAUUUUCAACAUGUUUCUACGA